UUCCCCUUUUUUGUUUUUUUCCUGAUUGCAUUUGAGGUAAAUUUUCCAUCUGGAAUCUGGUUUCUGCUGAAAAGUGAAAACAGGGAAUUCGCUCCGCGAUCAGUUGGAACGUUGGAUCUCUGCAAGAAAAGAUUGGAAGGUUUAGUUUCUUGAUGGUCUGUCAAGAAUUAUCCGAGUGAGAGGGAAAUAUUGUUAUAUUAAACUGAUUCCGAUUGAAUUCUCGAGAAGUUUUUUUGGGGAUCAUGUUCUCUCUCCAGAAAUGGAAGUGCUCAUGGUCCCUUGCUGCAACUAUUGCCUCCAUUUUAGCAUUGAUUUCGGUGGUUCAUUUGUUUCUUUAUCCCGUAAUUCCUUCUAUGGACUAUUUUAGCCUUAGGCAAGCGGAGAGUUCUUGUAUCACAGUUACCGGAUCCACAGAAGGCGGUGAAAAAUAUUUUCCAAGAACGGGUUCAAAUGAAGGAACAAAAGACAAUGCUAAAGAAAAUGUUCAUCGGGCAGUUGAUUUAAAUGUUCGUUAUACAGCAGAUUUGCAUAAUGCUGUGACUUACCGUGGUGCUCCAUGGAAGGCGGAGAUCGGGCGGUGGUUAUCUGGCUGUGACUCGAACUUUUCGGCUGUUCAAAUUGUUGAGAAAAUUGGAGGGGAGAGCUGCGAAAAUGAAUGUAGUGGUCAAGGCGUUUGUAAUCAUGAUUUGGGUCAAUGCCGCUGCUUUCACGGAUUUAGUGGGGAAGCAUGUUCAGAAAGACUGCAGUUGAACUGCAACUAUCCUGGAUCAGACACAGAACCAUACGGACACUGGGUUGUCUCUAUUUGUUCUACUUAUUGCGAUACCUCAAGAGCUAUGUGCUUUUGUGGAGAAGGGACAAAAUAUCCCAAUCGCCCUGCUGCUGAGUCAUGUGGAUUUGUAAUUAACCCACCUUCUGAACCCGGCGCUCCACGUUUCACUGAUUGGGCAAUACCUGAUCAGGAUAUUUUCACUACAAACAGUAGUAAAGAAGGAUGGUGUAAUGUCGACCCCGCUGAAGCAUAUGCCUCAAAUGUCACUUUCAAAGAAGAUUGUGAUUGCAAGUAUGAUGGCCUUUUUGGCCGGUUCUGUGAGACGACCGUGUCGAGUGUUUGUAUUAAUCAGUGCUCUGGCCAUGGAUAUUGUCGUGGCGGUUUCUGUCAGUGUGAAAAUGGCUGGUACGGAGUGGAUUGUAGUAUUCCUUCGGUUUUAUCGUCCAUUACAGAGUGGCCCAAGUGGCUCAGACCAGCACACAUUAGUGUUCCAGAUUCUAAAAGAGACACAGGAAAUCUUGUCAGUCUCGAUGCGGUGGUUCAGAAGAAAAGACCUCUUAUAUAUGUUUAUGAUUUGCCCCCUGAUUUCAACAGUCUUCUCCUUGAGGGACGACAUUUCAAGUUCGAGUGCGUAAACAGGAUAUACGAUCACAGAAAUGGUACAAUAUGGACUGAGCAACUCUACGGUGCACAGAUGGCAAUCUAUGAAAGUAUAUUAGCAAGCCCAUACAGGACAUUAAAUGGAGAUGAAGCAGACUAUUUCUUUGUUCCUGUGCUCGAUUCUUGCAUUAUUACUCGUGCUGAUGAUGCUCCUCACUUGAGCAUGCAGGAUCACAGAGGAUUGAGGAGUUCAUUUACUCUGGAUUUCUAUAAGAAGGCAUACGAGCAUAUUAGUGGAUAUCCUUACUGGAAUCAAUCAUUCUGGAAAAGAUCAACAUAUGGGUAUAUUAUGUACUAC